AGUUUCACUUCGUAGAAGGACGAGAAAGGACGCGGUGCGUUUGUGUCGUUGAUGUCGGAUAGAAGGAAGCCUUUAUUGCAUGCUUCCCACGCAUAAUCGUAAUUACUUGUACGUUUCCCUUGUGAAUGAUAUGCUAUCAAAGCGAAUUAAACAUCAAUAAAAAAGUGAUUGAAAGUCUGCUGUGUGCGAUUAAAUUGGGGUUUUAAAUAUUUACUCCCGUGCGCAUUAAGCCGCCGGCUAUUUAACCUCGCGCGCCACCCAAUGCUCGGUGGACCCCAAUAGCGUUGGAUGUUGUUGAUGGUGGUGUAAAGUGAAUUUUGUGCCAGACACUGAGAUUUUCGGGGCUCAUUCAUAAAAUUCUCGCAAAACGGUUUAAUUGUGCAAAUAAAGGGUGGUGUCGGGGCGUACUGUAGCCGCCCACAAUAGAGUGAGAUUAAAAAAAAUAUAAUACAACGACUCCGUGUGAUUAGGACUUGAAUCUAUAUGUGCUUCUAAGUAAACUAAACUAUAUAAUAUUGUAUUGUGUACUACGUGGAACCAACAUAGAAAAUCAUGCUGCUGCUCAAUGUCAUCAAAUAUGCACUCAUCACCCUCAAUAUCUUGCCUUACCGAUUCACACACCGGAGAGUUCUUUUCAUCAUCUACCUCGCAACUUUGGUUACACACGUAAUGCUGGACGAACCGAGAUUUGCACAACCAAUUCCCAACGUGACGGUAGCUGUUGGUCGUGACGCCAAUUUACCCUGUGUCGUUGAGCAUCUCGGAACCUACAAGGUUGCGUGGAUCCACAUUGACAGGCAAAUGAUACUAACAAUUCACCGCCAUGUGAUUUCUCGGAUUCCCCGCUACAGUAUCACAUACGACAACGCCAAUACAUGGUUGCUCCAUGUGAGUCAGGCGCAACAGGAUGAUCGCGGUUAUUACAUGUGUCAAGUGAACACGAACCCCAUGAUAAGUCAAGUGGGGUAUCUCCAAGUUGUGGUCCCACCGAAUAUCCUCGACAUCGAGAGCACACCCUCUUCUGUGGCUGUGCGUGAAAAUCAGAGUAUCAACAUGACAUGCCGUGCCGAUGGGUUUCCCACACCAAAGAUCAUCUGGCGCCGGGAGGAUGGUCAAUCGAUUACGGUGGAACGGAAGAAAAAGGUCAUGGUCUACGAUGGGGAGCAACUGCAACUCAUUAAAGUGAGUCGCAAUGAAAUGGGAGCUUACCUCUGCAUUGCCACCAAUGGUGUUCCACCUUCCGUGUCCAAGAGGAUUAUUCUCGAUGUGGAGUUUUCUCCGAUGAUUUGGGUGCCGAAUCAAUUGGUUGGGGCACCUGCUGGAACGGAUGUAACAAUUGAUUGCCACACGGAAGCCCAUCCACGUGCCAUCAUCUACUGGGUUUACAAUUCUGUGAUGGUGCUACCCAGUAAAAAGUAUCUAAUCGAUUACACAGAAAACUCAUAUCGGGCACACAUGAAGCUGACAAUCAAGAAUCUCCAGAAUGGUGAUUUCGGCAAUUACAGAUGCAUAUCGAAGAAUUCAUUGGGGGAAACAGAGGGAUCAAUACGAGUUUAUGAAAUACCACAGCCAUCAUCACCAUCAAAGCAAAUAACACACGUGGUGUCGGCAGAACCAAAAGAGACUACGCCACUCCGGAAUGACUCUUCACGAAUCAUCCAGCCCGAAGUGGUGUUCUCCAUGAGGACACCAGACAGCAAUCAUGCAUCCCCCAAUACAGCAACGGGUGAUCGCAAAGGUACCCUCGCCAUUGGUCAGAGUGUCUUCUACACGGACUUCCCACCCAAGGAGUACGGACACUCAUCCAGUGACCACAUAGCAGAUAUCAGUCAUAUCCUCAGCUACAUAUCAUUCCUCCUCCUAACGCUCCUACCACCACGGAUACUUUUCUACGCCUGUUGAGUGUAGUCGAUCACUCAAAUUGUAGAUCGUUCUUGCACAUAAAAAAAAACCAAAAUAAAACCCUUUAGGAGCCAAUCAGUAUUACCAAUUUAUAUUCUUAGUAAUUCCUAAAAUAAAUCUAUUUUUAUUCCAUUCGAAAUUCCUUAAUUUCUUAUUUUUCAAAAGAAAAAAUCCCUAAAUUCCUCAUAGGAAGGAUUUUUUUUGUAAAAAAAACUUCAACGAAGAAUUAUGCAAAAUAUAGUUGAAUUUUUGUUGUUAAAGAAAAAAGUCUUCGAUGAAAUGAUAAAGCAUAUCUUCCUUCGACAUAAUCUAAAAUGCAAAAAAAGUGUAACAUAUCUCAUCAAAAUGUCUUUAUAUGCUUCUCAGAGUUGUUAGAAGUAUCAGAAAGCA